CUCCUCCUACGCGCCAGCCACCCCAACCACCGCGCAGGCCCCAGGAAGAGGAGGUGGAGGAGCAAGCGUGGCGUCGCUGCCCGCAUGGAUCCCAACCUGCGCUUCUGGAUUGCCGAACGCCAAUCUUUCGUGCGAAGAUUUCUUCAGUGGACGGAAAUACUAGAUCCUACAAAUUUAGUCCUCUCGGUUGAGAAAAUAGAAAAGUCGCGGCAACUACUGUUCACCAAUGGCGAUGCCUCCAAACCUGACUCAGCAGACUGCGGGGUACAGGAAGCAUGGAAAAGGAGUCUUUCGACGGUGCAUCCCGACAGCGGCAAGCUGAUCCCUGUUCUUUUCCGGCCGGCGGCUUUCUUGCCUCUUACGGCGCCCCUGAUGUUUUUCUCCAUGAUGCCAGCGAGAGGGCUGAAGUCACUGGUUUUACCCCAGGUUUCCUUCUAUGCCUACAUGUCAGCCUUCAACAUUGUCAAUGGCAACACCAGCUACAGCCACAGUUCCCUGGAGAGCAUGUUUGUUGGGGCAGGAGCCUUUGUUUCUUCAGCCUUCUUUGGGUUAAUUCCUCAUUUGGCCCGAAUGAGGUAUCCCCUGGAUAACCUGCUGGUCAAAAGAGUCUUGCCUGUCGUCUUCAUCGCCCAAGUGAGCGGGCUAAAUGUUUUUGCAUCCCGAAGCUUCGAGCCUGUUCGUGGGAUUGAGGUGAUGGACAAGGAAGGCAACGUCCUCGGCCAGUCCAGAAGAGCGGGGAAGAAGGCCGUGAGAGAAACAGCGCUGUCCAGGGCGGUGCUCUUUGGGAGCUCAGCUUUGAUUCCCGAGGUCUUCGUGUACUUCUUCAAGCGGACCCAGGUUUUCCUGAAAAGCCCCCAGUCGUUGUGGCCCCUGAAGCUGUCCUGUACCAUCCUGGCCAUGGGACUGAUGGUGCCAGGUUCUUUAAGCUUGUUUCCACAGGUCGGCCGGAUCGAGCGUGCCAAGCUGGAGGAGGAUAUCCAAUCAUUGACUGAAGAAGCAGAACUCUUCUAUCACAGGGGCGUGUAGCGGCUCAUCUCACCUGCCGACCUUCCUCUCAGGGAGGUUCCAGCUUAGAGACCUCUGCCAGUGGGCUUCCAGAGAUGCCACAGGCACCUGUGACAGGUGCCUUGUGAUGCCACGUGCUCAGAGAGUUGGCCAGGCCAGCCAGGUCUGGACUUUUGAGGCUGCCAGAGGAGCAGCAGGCAGGUGGGUGAUGGGAGAGUCAGCCUGGGAAAAGAAAACUGAAAUUACUAAUAAACUUGUCUGAGAACUUG